AUGCUUGUAUCUACACUCUAUCGUAGUAACCACCAUUCGGGUAUCCACGUGGCUGAGUUCCUGGUUGAACGACAACGGGGUUCACGUAGACAACGCGGUCCUGCGACGGCGCAUGGCGACGACGAUCAUGAUGACGUCGAUCGAAUCAUUGCCAUCAUUUCGAGCAAGAAUUAUGAUGGAUAUGCAGUUGUUGCAUUAGAUGGAGUGGGAAUUUUUCCUGUGGUCGAACGCAUUACAGCGGAAAGAAUACCAACUAGAACAUUAAAGACUGGACAAGUGGCGUGCAUUACGACGGGAUCUCCUGUUCCGGACGGGGCUGAUGCUGUUGUAAAGAUUGAAAAUACGAGGAGUGUUGAUGGUAGGGAGAUCGAAAACGAAGUGACGGUGAAUAUCUUAAGGUCUGUAAAGAUAGGCGAGAAUAUUCGUCCCGUUGGGUCAGACAUCCGCUCUGGAGAGUUGCUCGUGGAUGCGCAUGAGAGAUUACAUAUAAAGCAGAAGAUAAUAUUGUUUUAA